AUGGGUGUUCCCUCACUAUUUAGAUGGCUACAGCUUUCCCACAGAGAGGCAAUCCACAACAUCCUGGAAAAUCCAUCUGUGGACUGCCUGUACUUGGACUUCAAUGCAAUAAUUCACACAUGUAUCAAGCCCGGACUGGGGUCUGAGGAGGAGAUUGAGAAAGACCUAUACAAGACAGUUGGAGACUUCAUCGAUUACAUUCUUCUUAAGGUGCGGCCUAGGAAGUUACUGUACAUAGCCAUCGACGGAGUGGCGCCUCGAGCAAAGCUAAGCCACCAACGAGCUCGAAGAUACAAGUCGGCGCUUGGGAAGAAGGAAGGAAGCGCGAUAAAGCCCACUCUCCAGACGGAUUUUGCUGUACAGCCGCCCAAGGAAGGAAAAGACGAGGGCGAGGACGGGGAGUUUACUGGAGAAAGUUCUCUGUACGACAAGUUUACGGCAGAAGAUAUCUCUGAGUCGUCCUCUCUUGCUGUGGAUGUGGAGGCUGAGAAGUUUGAUUUGAACUGCAUUACCCCUGGAACGCCUUUUAUGGAAAGGCUCCACAGCGUCCUUAUUUCCUACAUACAGUACAAGCUCAGCAGCGACCCGGGAGCCUCGCAUUUAAGGAUAAUCUACUCUAGCUACCUUGUGCCGGGAGAAGGAGAGCAGAAGAUCAUGAGCUUCAUAAGGAACCAGGAGUCUGCUGCAAGAAACGACGUUCACAUGAUAUACUCUCCGGAUGGAGACCUCAUGUUCCUUGGCCUUUCUUUGCACAGGAGCAAGGUCCUGAUAAUGAGAGACUACUUCAGCCCAAACAGGGCACAGAAGAAGAAGGUCUGCACAAAGUGCGGGCGGACAGGGCACUCCAAUGAGGAAUGUGGGGUGUUUACCAACUACCACUUUGUGUAUGUGAACAUCUCCGAGCUCAGAACAAGGCUUAUAAGGGAGUUCAGGAGAUACACGGCACAGAGGUUCAGCGAAGAGAGGAUCCUAAACGAUUGGAUAUUUCUUUGUUUUCUCCUUGGAAAUGACUUUGUACCGUCGAUCCCAUGCCUUGACAUAAGGUUCCACUCCAUUGAGACGAUCACUGAGAUCAUGAUGAAGAACUUCUCUGAGACAAAGUCGUACAUCACAUGUAACUCGGCCAUUGACUACCAGGUUCUGAAGAACUUCUACACAAUCCUUGCAAGCAAGGAGGACAGCCUGUACUACCGUAAGUCCCAGUCUUUAGACAGGUUUAGAGAGGAGCUGAAGGAUAUGCCCAACAUUACCUACGAAAAGAUUCCGAUCCACACAAAAACAGGGAAGAUCCAGUACUAUGCAUCGAAGCUGAACGCAAGCACGGAGUCGGAGAUUAGGAGCGUAUGCUACGAAUAUGUCAAGGGACUCUACUGGGUAUACUCGUACUACAUCCUUGGGUCUACUGGAUGGGACUGGUACUAUCCAUAUCACUUUGCACCUCUUGCAGCAGACCUGUCGAAGCUUUCGAUAAGCGAGAUACGUAUCAACCCGGGGCUUCCUUUGAGGCCUCUUGAGCAGCUUCUGGCGGUUCUCCCACCCAUGAGCAAAAGUAUGGUUCCUAAGGCCCUCCAGCCCAUAUUUAAUGAGUAUAAGGAUUUCUAUCCGGAAGAUGUAAAGACUGACAUGUUUGACAAAGUCUUUCUGUGGCAAGAGGUCGUCAUUCUCCCGUUUGUGGACUUUCGAAGCAUUCUGUCUGAAAAUGCAUCAAAGUUCAACUCUCUUGAGUACGAAGACCUGAACAGAAACUUAAGAAGCCUAGACCUAUUCUUCACGUCUGAUAAGAAGUCAAGUGAGAUAAUAAUGAGCAUGUACUCCGAAUUAAAGCCAACGUGCUCGAUAAAAGGCCCUGGAUACUCAGGAAAUGUUCUGCCUUACUCAUUUGCUAGCUUCCCAGGCGACAUGCUUGAGUACAAUGGCACUAAAUUUGCUAACAGAACUACCGUUGGUUUCAUAGAGUCUAAGAAGAAUUAA